AUAAAAACAUAACCUAAGAAAGUUGGCUGUAGCAAUUACUUCAGCAAAUGAAUCACAUCCGACCUUCUAAAGUAAAAAAUUGCCACACUAUACAAACAUAACAUUUAUUAUGUUUAGUAAAAGCCACUCAAAUUUUCGGGCGACGCCGUGACACAACUGUUUUCGGAUUUUUUUUCGCCUUUGUUUUCGAAUAUUAGCAAAAAAUGACUGUAACUUAUAACGCGGAGGUCGCGACUGUGCGGGGUUUAGGAUGUUUUUUAAAAUUAUUAUUAAGAUGGCGGGGGAGUCUGUACAAAUUAGUGUGGCUAGAUUUGGCCCUUUUUUUAGGAAUAUAUUACAGUUUAAAUUUUAUAUAUAGAUUUGCUUUAGACAAUGAGGGAAGAGUGUUUUUCGAACACGUAGUAAGAUACUGUGCUGACAAUGCGAAUUUGAUACCCCUAUCAUUCGUGUUAGGUUUUUACGUUACCGUCGUCAUGAACCGCUGGUGGAGCCAAUACAGGGCGAUCCCUUCGCCCGAUCCUCUGGCAGUGUUCGUCAGCGCCACCGUGCACGGUCACGACGAACGCGGUCGAGUCAUGCGAAGGACCAUCAUGCGGUACAUUUGCCUCUGCGUGACGAUGGUGUUCACGAUGAUCUCGCCCAGAGUGAAGAAGCGCUUUCCCACGUUGAAUCACUUCGUCGACGCCGGUCUGUUGCAGCCCAGCGAAAAGGAGAUCAUGUCCGAUUUGAACGACAAGUUCCCCAAGCAUUCCAAGCAUUGGCUACCGCUGGUCUGGGCGUCCAGUAUAGUGACUAGGGCGCGCAAAGAGGGCCGCAUCCGGGACGAUUUCGCCGUCAAAACCAUCAUCGACGAGAUUAACAAGUUCAGAGGACAGUGCGGGUUGUUGUUGACCUACGAUCAUAUAAACAUUCCAUUAGUAUAUACUCAGGUCGUCACAUUGGCCGUAUACAGUUAUUUCCUGACCAACAUCAUGGCGCACCAAGACACGUCGGACAGCAAAUAUAAAAUCGACUUGUACUUUCCCAUAUUCGCCACGCUGCAGUUCUUCUUCUACAUCGGUUGGUUAAAAGUGGCCGAAUCGAUGAUCAACCCGUUCGGCGACGACGACGACGAUUUCGAAAUAAAUUGGAUGGUCGAUAGAAAUCUGCAGGUGGCCUAUCUAAUAGUGGACGAAAUCCACCACGACCACCCGGAGCUGGUGAAGGACCAGUACUGGGACGAGGUGUUCCCGCAGGAGCUGCCCUACACCGAAGCCGCCCGCGCCAUCAGAGACGCCCAUCCGCUACCCUCAACGGCGAACAUAGCCACCAGGCCGAAGGACAUGGAGCUGGUGGGCGGCAACCAGGACCUCUAUCCCUCCCACAAGAUGGACGACAUGCAAUCGUACGUGGGCUUGGACGGCGGGCCCAUCACGUUCACGGCGAAGCAGCGGAAGAACUCGUUCAAGUCGCGCGGCUCGCAGAGCUCGCUCUUCGGCAAAUCCGUACCAGACUCCAUGUCGCGCCACAAUUCCGUCACCAACAUGCUGAAGCGGUUCUUCAGCAAGGACGACGGCAAUCGGACGGACGCCAAAGUGGAGGCCAACGAAUUGAACAAUCUGGUGCCCAGCCAGCCGGCGGCGCCCAAACCGGCGGGUAGCGUGAAGAAAAUCACCCAAGAGGUCAUCGAAGAGGUCGACGAGCAACAAACUAUAACAUCCCAACGGUCCAAUCGGGAAAACCGGCCCACCGUAAUGGAUAUUUUCGGACCACCGUCGCCUUCUACGCCCAUAGACGUGCCGGCGAGUCACAGCUACCACAUGGAGCCGAACAUUUUCGAUCCAUUCGAGCACAUUUCGAGAUCGGCGCCGGGCACUUCGAACGACGGGGACGGGCUGGGGGUGGAUGAUGCCGAUAAAGUGAGUAUAGGUGGAUCGGCGACCGACGAGGAUGACGACGACGAGUUCAGCAGGUUGAAGAGGAUGCGCGAACAGGAGAGGCUUAGCAGCCGCAACCAAGUGCUCCCACUUCCCGAUAUUUUCGAAAACGUAAUCGACUAUCGGUAUUUCGGGCACGACGACGUCCUCCAGCCCGGAACUCACUAUCCCGUUUCUGAUACCGGUGGCGUUGCCGCGCUGGAAGGCGCUCCUCCGGGCGCCCGCAACAGGUGAUAACAGCCUUUUCGAGGCGAUUUUCCUCAGGAGAGACAUGGCGCGCUUGGAAGGACCGACUACCUGCCCGCACCGACUGUUUACUUAGUGUACCCGGUUGUGUAAAAUACACAUCCAGUUAUACAGCCAGUCGAGAUGAAUGUACUUCGACCAGAGGUGGGGUCUCAUAUUACUAAAUAUAAAU